AUGUCUGGCAUCCCACAAGUUGCUGCGAAGGAGAACGGCGGAGUGUCAUUUCCUUAUCCGAUGCUAAGCCCUCAUAAUUAUAUUGUGUGGGCAAUAAAAAUAGAGGCGAUUCUUGAUGCCCAGGGAGUCUGGGAGGCAGUGGAGACAACGGAAGGAGCCCAAAUUGCAAAAAAGAAGACAGCGAAGGAAGUCUGGGGCAGCCUCAAGACGAGGUACCUUGGUAGUGAUCGGGUGAAGAAGGCACGCGUACAAACGUUGAAGAGCGAGUUUGACGCUCUCCGGAUGAAGGAGACCGAGACGAUUGAUGAGUUUGCUGGCAAACUCAGCGCCAUGAGUAGCAAGUUCUCCACUCUUGGUGCCACGCUUGAAGAUUCCUCUUUGGUAAAGAAGUUGCUUGAUUCUUUCCCUGAUAAGUUCUUCCCUAUUGUUGCCGGUAUUGAGCAGUUUCAUGAUCUUGAGACAAUAUCAUUUGAGGAGACUAUUGGGCGACUAAAGGCGUACGAGGAACGAACACUACGAUUACGCGGCAACACCAACAGCACUGAAGGAGCUCCUACUUACUCAUGUCGAAUGACAAAUGCGACAAAAGGGGAGCAACGUGGACACUUCGUUAGGAGGCAAGGGGCGUGGGUCCAGUAG